CUGUUAUGACAACUUAUCAAAGUACAUGACAGCUUAUAUUCAAACAAGAUUUCUACUCGUUCGAAGAUCAAAGCAAAUCGAAUUCGCUCUACUACAAGAGAUUUCGAUCAGAUCGGAAGGCGAACGUGAAGUUUUUGUCUCUGAAGCCAUGAUUCAUUUUGUGCUAUUAAUAAGCCGGCAAGGAAAAGUUAGAUUGACAAAGUGGUAUUCACCUUAUUCUCAGAAAGAGAGAAGUAAGGUGAUACGCGAACUCAGUGGGAUGAUUCUAACACGCGGCCCUAAGCUCUGCAAUUUUGUUGAGUGGAGAGGAUUUAAAGUUGUUUAUAAAAGAUAUGCCAGCCUGUACUUCUGUAUGUGCAUUAACCAGGAUGACAAUGAAUUGGAAGUCCUUGAAAUUAUCCAUCACUAUGUUGAGAUUCUAGAUCGUUACUUUGGAAGCGUUUGUGAGCUGGACUUGAUAUUCAACUUUCACAAGGCUUAUUAUAUAUUGGAUGAGGUAUUAAUAGCUGGGGAACUUCAAGAAUCAAGCAAAAAGACAGUGGCCCGUCUAGUAGCUGCUCAGGAUUCUUUGGUGGAGGCAGCCAAAGAAGAAGCAGCUUCUAUAAGCAAUAUCAUUGCACAGGCAACCAAGUAAGGUUGUGCUUACUCCUACCCUUAUUCGGAUGCCCAUCUCUCUGAUCUUUUGAGUUGCUGUAUGUGUAUGUAUUGUGUGUUGUUUUUUUCCUUCUCCUUUUUAGUGUGGAAAUCUUGGGUUUUUAUUUCUGAUAUUGCACUUGUGAUUCUGUCCAGUUACAUGACUACCUGUGUUAGAACUAAAGAGAGAUCUAUCUGUUUAACGACCGUAUCUUAUGUGUACAUCGGUAUUAUUUUCUUCCAGAAACUAAAGUUAUUUAAUAGAGUCCAUAACAUGGCGUUCACUGGUUAA